GUUUAGGAGGCGUUGAUAGGCGUCGUACUGGACACCGGAUGACCGGACGCCCAGCGGUUAACGCACGCUUCCAAGCCCGAAAAAAUACCAAGUGUCUCAGAGGACGAGCAGUUUGUGGAGAAGAUCCGAGGUUCUCGUAACUUCUUCUUCGGGGCCGGCCGCAUCCUGUCCCCCCCGACCGGCACAUUUCACUCCUCCCCUCAUUCCGGCCCCAAUCUCCAUUUAAAACAAACAUAUAUAUAUAUAUAUAUAUAUAUAUUUAUAUAUUCUUUAGUUCCUGCUUUGCUCUCCCGCGUCUCCUUUACCUUUCCACGGGACAAUUCCAUUUCCUAACUCGCACCUUCGCUGCUGCACUCCCACCUCCAGCCCCCCCCCGGUCCCCCCUAAUGGGCGCCACGUCCGACAGCAGCGCCGCAUUCCCUCUCCACCCCUAACCGCCUCGCCCGCCGACAGCCGACACCGACACCGCCCAAUGGAGACGACAGAUCUGAUGCUGACGAGCAUGUUGACGAUGGACAGAGGGGAGAACGGGGGGGAGGCGGGGAGGGGGGAGGAGGAAAACGGCAGGCUGACGCAGGCCGGCGAGAGAGGACCCAAGAGCCCGAGCGCCGGCUCCGCGCCGCAGGUGUCCAACGGCUUCACCACGCCCACCCCUCAGAGCGCCAGGGAGGGGGCGGGGAGCGCGGCGGGGGCCGCCCCCGAGCCCGGAGCGGGCGCCGCCGGGGCCUCGGCGCCGCCGGGAGGCCUCAGGACUCUGGUGGUCCAACAAAUCAGCUCGGAGAGGCCCCGAGAAACCUGGAGCAAGAAGAUGGACUUCCUGCUCUCUGUGAUCGGCUACGCGGUGGAUCUGGGGAACGUCUGGCGCUUCCCUUACAUCUGCUACCAAAAUGGAGGAGGUGCCUUUUUGCUGCCCUACCUGUUGAUGGCCGUGUUCGGAGGGGUCCCGCUGUUCUACAUGGAGCUGGCGCUGGGCCAGUUCCACCGCAGCGGCUGCAUCUCCAUCUGGAAGCACAUAUGCCCCAUCUUCAAAGGGAUCGGCUUCGCCAUCUGCAUCAUAGCCCUCUACAUCGCCUUCUACUACAACACCAUCAUGGCCUGGGCCCUGUACUACCUGCUGUCGUCAUUCCGGCCCACCCUGCCCUGGACCACCUGCACCAACAGCUGGAACACGGUCAACUGUAACCGCUACAUGUCCACCGACCACAACGUGUCCUGGUCCAACUCCUCCAUCCCCGCCGAGGAGUUCUAUACUCGCCAGGUGUUGCAGGUCCACCUCUCCCCAGGUCUGCACCAGCUGGGCUCUGUCAGCUGGCAGCUGGCCCUCUGCCUGCUCUUCAUCUUCAUCAUCGUCUACUUCAGCAUCUGGAAAGGAGUCAAGACGUCUGGAAAGGUGGUCUGGGUGACUGCUACCUUUCCCUACCUGGUCCUCUUGGUGCUGCUCGUCCGUGGGGCCACUCUGCCGGGGGCCUGGAGGGGCGUCGUGUUCUACCUCAAACCUGACUGGCAGAAGCUCCUGAGCACCACGGUGUGGAUCGACGCAGCGGCUCAGAUCUUCUUCUCGCUGGGGCCGGGGUUCGGCGUGCUCCUCGCCUUCGCCAGCUACAACCCGUUUCACAACAACUGCUACAAAGAUGCUCUGAUCACCAGCUCCGUCAACUGCCUGACCAGCUUCCUGUCCGGCUUUGUCAUCUUUACCGUGCUGGGCUACAUGGCAGAGAUGAGGCAUCAGGACGUGGGUGCUGUGGCCAAGGAUGCUGGUCCCAGUCUGCUGUUCAUCAUCUAUGCAGAAGCCAUAGCAAACAUGCCCGCCGCCACCUUCUUCUCCAUCAUCUUCUUCCUCAUGAUCAUCAUGUUGGGUCUGGAUAGCACGUUCGCCGGGUUGGAGGGGGUGAUCACCGCCAUGCUCGACGAGUUCCCCCAUGUCCUGGCCAAGAGGCGAGAGUGGUUCGUCUUGGGCCUGGUGUGCGUCUGCUUCCUCGGGGCCCUCUCCACGCUCACAUACGGAGGAGCGUUCGUGGUGAAGCUGUUUGAGGAGUACGCCACGGGCCCCGCGGUCAUCACCGUGGUGCUUCUCGAGGUCAUCGCCGUUUCCUGGUUCUACGGUACCAACCGGUUCUGUAAUGACAUCCAUCUCAUGCUUGGUUUCUACCCGGGGUUCUUCUGGAGGAUCUGCUGGGUGGCCAUCUGCCCCUGCUUCCUGCUGUUCAUCAUCAUCAGCUUCCUGGCCUUCCCUCCGGAGGUCAGGUUGUUCAACUACCACUUCCCGCCAUGGACCACUGUCCUGGGCUACUGCAUCGGGGUGUCUUCGUUCAUCUGUGUGCCUGUUUACAUGGUCUACUACUUGCUCAGAGCCAAGGGAACCUUCAAACAGCGGCUGCUGAAGAGCAUCACGCCAGAGCCCAGCAGCAACCAGCACGGACACCUCAUCGUCACCAACGCCGUGUGACACCCCACCCGGGCCGGCACGGGGCGCCCUCUUCUGGACGGACCGCUGAGCUACAGGACAAGGGGCUACCUUUCACCGCCUUUGCCUCUUUUUCUUACAUCGCACACUUGUUUCUAGCUGUCACACACACACACACACACACACACUGAGAUGCAGAGUUCUCUAACUUCAGCAUCGUCACAUCGACACCCUCUUUUUUGCUUUUUCUUAAGACCAGGUAAUUUUGUGACCAACCUUUCUUCAGGUUAUGUAGCUGAAACAAAUGUUUUAUACAAUAAUAGAGUAUUAUUCUGUCUAUGUUUGUGUAGACAAUAAACUGCAGUUACGGAACUUUGAGAUCAGUCAAAGGAGGCCAGAUGGUUACAUUCCUCUCUGUCUUUAUGGGUUGCGUUUUCAUAUUAUGCUGUUAAGUUGUGCAUUUUAAAUAUGUAGCUCUAUUCAGGUAUCUGUUACUGAAGCCAAAUAUAUGAUAUUUGUUCCUAUGUUUUCGCUGCCGUUGUGUUGACUGUCAUCCUGUGCUCAUCUGGUGGCGUCUCAGUUGACAGAUUUGCAAUGACUUCCCUACACUGUGAAGCACUGUCUGUUAGUGACACCUGUGUGUGUGUGUGUGUGUGUGUGUGUGUGUGUGUGUGUGUGUG